AUGGAUAUUAAAAAUAAUGUGAACAUCGAUAUGUCAGAUAAUUCUACAAAAGAAAGACAAGAAACUGCUAUAGAAUAUAAAACAUCAAAUGAAAAUAUAGAAAAAACAGAUAAAACACCAUGUGAAAAUCUUGAAAAUAUAGAAAAAACAGAUAAAACACCAUGUGAAAAUCUUGAAAAUAUAGAAAAAGCAGAUAAAACACCAUUUGAAAAUCUUGAACAAAUAGAUAAUAAAGAAAAAGAAGAGAUCGAAAAAACAGAUAAAACACCAAGUGAAAAUCUAGAAAAAAUAGAUAAUAAAGAAAAAGAAGAAAUCGAAAAAAUAGAUAAAACACCAAGUGAAAAUCUAGAAAAAAUAGAUAAUAAUGAAAAAGAAGAAAUUGAAAACAUAAAUGAAAAUGACUCAAAAGGAGUUAAUGAAGAAAUGAAGGAAAAUAAUGGCACACGUUUAGAUCCUUCAAAUAGUAAUAAGAAUUUUAAUACUAAUGAAAGAGAAAUUAACCAACAGAAGAUCUCUGUACCAUAUCCAGUUUCUGAUCAAAAUAUUUCAACUUUAAACUUACCUGAAAAAAUACCAAAUAAUCCUGUAAAUAAGAAUGAGAAUGAAAAAAAUUCAUCCAAAAUAAUUGAAACAGGAAAAAAUGGUAAAGAUAUUCAAAAAAAUGAAGAUAAAAACCUUGAAAAAAAGGUUUCUAUAAAUGUAAAAUCUAGUGUUAUUCCAUCCCAGAAAACGAAUACUAGGACUAAUAGUAGUGGACCGCUAUAUAUUGAAGUUAAGGGACUUUUGGAAGUACUUAAUGUUCAAGAUUUUGCAAAAAAUAUAGGUAUAAAAAAUCCAACUUUAAGUGGAAAAUCUGAGAAUCCAUUGUCUAGUAAGAGAUCAUACAGUGUUCCAGCUAAAGCAGUUACAAAAAAUAUUCCUAAAGAUAAUAAUAAACAAAGUUAUAAAAAUGGAUCUCUAUAUAAAAUAUCAGGACUACCUAAAUCAUCUAACACACAAAAAAAACCUCCUUUAUUGCUUAAAAAUUCUUUAAAACAAGCACAUAUAGUGAAAAAACCUACUGAUAACAAAAGCGCAAUUAUGGGAAAACCAUUAGAUACUAAUAAAGAAAAAAGUACUUUUAGAGUUUUACCAAAAAAAAAUACUAUAACAGAUAAUCCAAAAUUACAUCCUAAAGCAACAAUUAAAUCAAAUCUGGUUCCUUCAAAGGUAAUUUCUAAUGAAGAGAAAGAAAAAAAUAAUCUUAAUAAAAUGGAAAAAUCAUUUAUAAAAAUAUCACCUAAGAUAAUGCCUUUGUUAAAUAAAGAGAAAAAUGCUAAGAAUAAAAUUCCACUAAAAGCAACUGCAAAAAAGACAUUAGAAGAUAUAAAAAAUGUAUUAGAAAAAAAAAAUAAGGAAAUCCAUAACUCUGAGAAAUCAAGAGAUACCAUAAAUGUCCCUAAUGAAGAAAAAAAAAGUUCACUACUUUCUCAAAAACUUUUAACAAAGCCAAAAUUUACAAUGAAAAUUAGUUCCUUGAAAAAAGAACUUGUUAAAAAACCGAAAGAUCCAGUAGAUACAAAAAAAAUUCUACUAAAAAAACCCAUCUCAAAAUUAGUAGAACAAAUGAAACCUAAAGAAAAAGAUAAAAAAAAAAGAAUACAAGAUAAGGAUACUCAGGAUAAGAAAGAAAAGUCGUUUAAAGAUUCAACAGAAAAAAAUGAUUUAAAAAAAAAAGAUGACACAGAAAUAGAUAAAUCCACAUUUGAAGAAAAAAAAGUAGAUAUAAAAAGAGAAGAAAUAAAUGAAGAAAAAAAUGUGAUAAAUUUAGGUGAUAAAGACGAACCUGAAAUAAAAAAAGAAGAAUUAAAAAUAUUUGAUAAAGAGCCUGAAAUAGAAAAGGAAGAUAAAUCAUCAGAUGAAAAAAAAGAAUUUAAAGCAGAAAAAGAAGAUAAAGCUCUAGAUGACAUGAAGUCUCAAGAAGAAAAAGAAAACAAAACAUUAGAUGAUAAAAAGGAACUUGAAAUGGAAACGGAUGAAAAGAAAUUAGAUGAUAUAAAAGAAUCUGAAACAGAAGAAAAGGAAAAAUUAAGUGAUGAAAAAGAAUUAGGAGCAGAAAAAAAAGAAAAUGAAUUAGAUGAUAAAAAGGAAUCUGAUCCAGAAAAAGAAGUGGUAAAAAAUUCGAAAGAAAUGGAAAAAAGAAAAGCUGAUAUAAAAAAAAGUGCAGACUUAAAAUUAAACAAAAGAGUUCCAAAAAAAAAUGAUAAUUUAUUAUCAAAAAAACAUGAUGUAAAAACUCCUCUGGGAUUAAAGCAAAAAGCAAUAAUUAAGAAUAAUUCAAUUUCUUUUAAAUCAAAAAUGGAAAUUGACGGAAAUUCGAAAGAAAGAAAGAAUUUUAAAAAUGAAAAUACUAGUGAUUUAACAAAAAGUAGUAUUCAUAGAUUUUUAACACAAAAAAAAAUUGCAUCAGUGAAAAAAUCUACUGAUUUAAAAAAGGUUUCAUUAACUAAAAAUACUGUAAAAGACGUAGAAGACCAAAAAAAACUAGGAAAAUUGGUAAAUGGAUCAUUUAAUCCAACCGAAAUGAAAAAAGAUUUUCAGGAUGAUUCACAAAAUAAUAAAAAUCUUUCCAAAAAAGUUUCUACAACACUUUCAAAAGGCAAUAUUUCUACUUUGAAAAAAAAAAUAUUGGGAAAAUCUAAAACUGAAGACAUUCACGGGAUAAGAACAGCUAAAAAUAAAACAGUAGUAUCUUCAAAAUCUGAAAACACUGAAAAUGUAUCUGAACAAGAUAAAAUUAAAAAAAAAGAUAAGAUAAAUGAAAAUGGGAUUUUUAAUAAAAAAACAUUAUUUAAAAAUAGAAAAACCUUAAGUUCUAAAUUAUCAAAAUUAAAUGGCAAAUCUAACACCUCAUCUAUAAAAAAAUUUAGUUCCUUUAGUGAUGGAAAAAAUAAGAAAACAAUUUUAGUAAAAAAUGUAACAUCAUCGAGAGGAAUUUUUGAAAAUAGUAAAAUUAAUGAUACCUUAAAAGAAGUUAAAACAGUUAAAAAACUAAAAUCUAAAAUAACUAAGAAGAUAAAUAUGAGUGAUAUCAUAAAUAAAGAAGAUAAAUUAAUUAAGAAAAUUCCAAAAAAGAUAAAAGUUAUACCUUCACAGAUAAAAAUGGAUAAAAAAAUGAGGAAGUUAAAAAUCGAAAUUUUGCCAAAAGGAACAAGCAAUGUAUUUAAGAUGAAAGAUAAAAAGGUUCCAAAAAAAAACAAAGUAAUAAAUGAUGAUGAAAUAACUAAUAGAGGAAGAGAUAAUGAAUUAACAAAAUUUGUAUCAGGAAAAAUAAAAACUAUAAAGGAUAAAGGAAAAAAUAACUAUUUAACUCCAAGAAUAGGAAUUCAUAAACCUAAAAGUAUGAAUGAUAAAUUAAAUAUGUCUACUUCGAAUUCUUCUGUUAAACCUACACCACAUUCUAUUGCACUUUCUUCAUCUACAAAAAAAUUAAAAAAAAAUAAAAAUAAAUUAGAUCCAUUAAGUAUAGAUGAUGCUCUCAAAGAAAGAUUAAUAAAUAUAAAUGUUUCGAAAAAAAUCUUAAAUACAAACAUUAGAGAUACAUACUCUAAAUAUAUACCUAAAUUAGAGGUACCUCAACUUUCAACUAUAAAUAAAGGGCAAACUAAUAAAAAAUAUGAAGAAAAAAAAAGAAAUCAAAGUGUAGGAAAUCAUGGAUUAUCUAAUUUAUAUGAAAAUCCAUCAUUUAAUUUCAAUAGGAAUAAAUCGGCAGUAUCUUUAAGAGAUUUAUCACUUCAUAUGAAACUUAAUCCAUCCAAAGAAUUAAUUACAGAAAGAGUACCAUAUAAACACAUUAAUAAUUUAUGUGAUCAUGUUACAAUAUUCAAAAAAACAGAAGAGGGAAGACAAAAUUCUAAUUGGAUUUUUAGUAAAUGCUGUACUCCAAAUAAUAAUAAGAGUUUUUAUGAAAGACGGGAACCUACAGUACAGAACUUUAGUUCUUUAUUCAAUAUAAACAAUAAAUAUAUACCAUAUGCUUACACUUCUGAAGUACUGGAAAAUCCAAGUAAUACGAUAAAAAUGUCAAAUAUAUAUGAGUCAGAUUUAUUCAUUAGUAAUGUACGAAAUAAAAUGCCAUUAAAUAAUAAUUUUAAUACACCUGGAUUUAUGAAUAAUUCAAGUUUUAAUAAUUAUACAUUACGAUUAAAAAAAAUACCAACGGGUAGCAGAAAAACUACAUAUUGUAAUUGUAUCUAA